UUAAUGGUUUUAGAAGUAUCACCAUUCACCUUAUCUUAUCUAAAUGAUACCUCUACUUCAUAGUAAAAUAUGUUGAAUUUAACAAGAUUUGAAAAUUGGUCCGAACACUCCGAACGAAACAACUAUUUUGUGGAAUAGAGUUAGUGACUAGUGAUCCAAAUCAAAAAAUUAAAAUCUGCAAUUUAUAUAGUUAUAACUAAGACUUUAGUGCCUAUGACUAUUUAUUCAAUAUUUACCAGUUUACCAAGUCGACUACAACUUACGGUCUACGGCUAGUGGAUAUGGGUAAGUGGCAGUUGGAGGUGUUACGAAUGGGUAUUUAUAUGGCUUUUCCAGUUAUCUUAUUCCAUUACUUUAACUUACCAGAAAAUUAUGAAGAUAAAGUAAUAAAAUUCAAAAGGGAGAUGUUUCCACCAGAAAGACCAGAACCUCAACAAAAAAUUGCUGAUCUCAAGAGGUUAUUCCAAGAACRAAGAGAAGCAGAAUUAAAAAGAGUUUUUGAAGAAUAAAUGAGAUGAUAAUUGAACAUAUUAUAAAUUAUUGUAUAUAUUUUAAUAAAAUAGUUUUGUUAAAAAAAAAAAAUUAUUAAA